AUUCUCUGGAAAACUCCACAGCGCCCCCCAGUGGUAACUCCAGUGAGUCUCCCACCCCGACUCCUCCAUCCUCCCUGCCUCUCCUCUCUGCCAAUCAUGAGGUGCAGCAUGUGGAGGUCGAGCUGGUGACCCCUCCUCCGGCCAUCAUCGGGACAUCGCCCAAAACCGGCAUCAUUCGCCGGACGCUCAAGUACUCAGAAACCGACCUGGACGCCGUCCCACUCCGCUGCUACCGUGAGACGGACAUAGACGAGGUGAUGCUGGCUGAGCAGGAGGAUGCUGACUCUGCGUUCGGGAGCAACCGCAGCGUGCAGGGCACUCCAGGGACGGGCAGCAGCCCUCUGGGUGGUCUGGCAUAUGGGAGGACAGACGAGGAGGAGGCAGAGGACAGAAGAGGACAGAGAGGGGAGGAGGAGGAAGAUGAGGAGGAGGAAGAGGAGGAAGAAAUGGUGAGCUGGGCCAGUGUGAGGAUGCAAGGAGACAACAGGAAGCAGCGGUUUGCAGCUCAGGAGGACCCAGACGUGUUUGGACACCUCCUGCAGAGACCAAUGGAAACGUUUUUCGACAACCACCACCCGGCCCUGAAAUCCCCCAUCUUGGUCUCGGGUCCUCGCUGUGCUGCGGAGGACACCUUCAGCCGCCACUUUGAGAGCAUCAUGGAGUCUCACCGGGCCAAAGGGACGUCGUACAACAGCCUGGACAGCGAGGAGCUGCUGACCUCCAGCACGCAAACCGUCCUGACCUUCGACCUGCCCACACUGACCCCUGCCAUCCACGGGCUGGUGUGUCAGAGCGCCAGGCAGAUCGUCAAACUCAGCUUCGCCCCACUGGCGCACGAUGAGAGGCCCAGUCUCUCCGAUUCUAUCUUUACCAUGACCGGGGACUCGGACGCCACCAGAGCCCCCUCCAGCGAGAGGCUGAGCAGCGGUUCAGAUGACACGCCACCUAGAGGACGGGAGUGUACGCAGCUGGGGAGCAGCUGGUACAGUAACCCGUCUGUCUCUUUACUGAG